AUGUCACAGUUUCAUGAUACUUUCACACGCGGUAGCCGCACGGACCCGCUGCUCUCCUACGAUGAUUUCGCGUCGCGCGUGUUCACCAGCGGCUUCCUGGCAUGUUUUCUGGUGCCGAUUACCAUCUACUGCUUCUACCAGUGGACCGGCCCGAAGCGGAAUACCCUGCCUCAGAAGCUGAAACUUCGUGAGAACCAUGUGGAAGGAGAAACUACACCGUGCUUCCACUGUGGAUGCUCCAUCUGUCGACAGCGCAGGACAGCCGAAAGAAAUCGAAGGUUUACGCUGGAAGAUUACAUGAACACGGCUACCAUACUGAAGAUUAUCGUUCUAGCUUUCUUUUGGUGGCUUGUCUUCUACCUGAUUAAGGGCAUCGACACGUCCCAGAACAUUAAGACGUUUGACCCUUUUGCUUUCCUAGGAGUUCCGCUUGGUGCGUCUAAGAAGGAGAUUCAGAAGGCGUAUCGCCAUAUGUCCCUGCGCUAUCACCCCGACAGGAACCCCAAUGACCCCGAGGCUGCAGCGCACUUCAUCCUUGUCACCAAGGCCUACAAGACACUUACUAAUGACAAGUUUCGUCAGAACUACGAGCGAUAUGGCAACCCCGAUGGACCGGGUAUGAUGAAAAUCGGGAUUGGUCUCCCCAGGUUUUUGGUCGAUGUCGGUAACCAGGUGCUCAUCCUGUCUCUCUUUUUCAUCGUGCUACUAGUAGUGAUACCAGGCAUUUUCUUUUACUAUUACCGUACUCAGAAGCAAUAUACCGCUCUUGGCGUUAGGCUGGAAACCCUGCAGCUUAUUUACUACACAAUCACAGAAAACACCCGGCAGAAGGCGCUUCUGGACAUAUACGCCAGUGCCACGGAAUGCACGUCCGUUCCCGCGAAGCCUGAAGAUGACAUUCUUUUGCGCAGAUUUGGGGCAGAUAUCGGAGAAAUAAAACGCAAAAAUAUCACCAAGGAUAUGUUGCGCAACUUUAUAGUACUUGUAUGGCACAUGAACCGCAACGAUGAGCUCCCUCCGCAGUUGAAGGCCACUCAGGCGGAGAUCCUCAAGUACAGCAUGCUGUUAACGCAAUGCAUGUUAGAUGUUGCCCUUUGUCGCCGUUGGAUGAUGACCAGCAAGUCCAUUGUCGAAUUCAGGCGUUGUCUGAUCCAAGGCCUUACGGGAAGGAGGGAUGCUUACUACCAGAUUCCGCACCUCACCGACGACCGUAUUGGCCACAUCCAGCGCAGCAAAAGCGGCGGUAAGGCCAUCGGUGAAUACGUUCGGACCCCGAUGGAGUCGAAGAAAGGUCUGGUCAGCAUGACCGACGUCCAGCUUUCCGACGUGGACGCGUUCUGCAAGUUCUUCCCCCAGGUAGAACUGACUGUGGAAGUCUACGUCAACGACGCGAACGAUAUUUGUGUUGGUGACAUAAUCACAUUUGAGAUCACCAUCACGCGUACCAACGUGCCCGAAGAGUGUCAGCUUGUAGGGCCUGUCCAUGCGCCUCUCUUCCCGUGGGUGAAGUACGAGGAGUGGGUCAUCUUGCUUUCCUUCGGUGAACAAGACGACAAAUUACUGGGGUUCACCGUUUCCUCAUCGCGUGAACGUGUUAUCACCGAAAAGAUUUCAGUGCUCGCAGACAGGACUGGCGGGCACUCCGUGUUGGUAACGGCUAUGUCGGACUCGUAUUUCGGCUGUGACCAGACCAAGAAGGUCACCUACACCGUCAACGCACCUUCAGAGACCACCGAGUUCAGGAUACAUCCUGAAGACCUAGCUCUGGACAACGAACCCUCAGCCAUCGGUAAGAUGAUAGGCGACCUGCUGGGUGACGGCGACAGCGACGAGGAGGAGGAGGUAACGGACGAGUGA